AUGGACCUUGCCCUCACCCGCGACGCCAAUGCCUGCAUCUUUGGUGAAGAUGUGGCUUUCGGUGGCGUCUUUCGCUGCUCCGUAGGCCUUCGCGAGAAACAUGGUGCCCACCGCGUUUUCAACACCCCGCUUUCGGAGCAGGGUAUUGCCGGCUUUGCCAUUGGUUUGGCGAGCAACGGUUGCACGGCCGUGGCCGAGAUCCAAUUUGCCGACUACAUUUUCCCAGCCUUUGACCAAAUUGUGAACGAGGCCGCCAAAUACCGCUUCCGCUCUGGUGGUCAAUUCGACUGUGGCAAGCUGACCUUCCGCGCCCCUUACGGGUGCGUGGGUCACGGCGGCCUUUAUCACAGCCAAAGCCCCGAAGCUCAAUUUGCGCAUUGCCCCGGCAUCAAGGUCGUCAUUCCACGCGGCCCUGUUCAAGCCAAGGGACUCUUGCUGGCAGCCAUCGAGCACCCCGACCCUGUGCUCUUCCUGGAGCCCAAGUUUAUGUACCGCGCCGCCGUUGAGGACGUGCCAGCCGACUACUACACUCUUCCUUUGGAUAAGGCAGAAGUAGUGCAAGAAGGCUCCGAUAUUACCUUGAUUGGCUAUGGCUCGCAGCUGCAAAUUCUCAAGGCCGCGGCUAAGCGGGCACAUGCCGAGCUUGGUGUGAGCUGCGAAGUCAUUGAUUUGCGGACAAUCAAUCCUUUUGACGAGGAAACUAUUGCCGCUUCGGUCAUCAAGACUGGCCGCUGCGUCGUAGCCCAUGAGGCCCCGCUGACGGCUGGCAUGGGUGCAGAGCUGUCUUCCACGAUCCAGGAGCUGUGCUUCUUGCAUCUGGAGGCCCCCGUCAAGCGUGUUUGCGGCUGGGACACCCCCUUUCCUCUGGUUUAUGAGCCCUACUAUGUCCCUGACACUAACCGCUGCUUUGAGGCCAUCAAGGAGACCAUCAACUAUUAG